CUGCACAACAACGGGGACCACCUGCUGCACGGGUGGCCCACAGUGCUGGGCAUCAUUGGCGCUGUCACAAAGGAACACGGGUAACAGGGUUAUAACUACUAAGAUGUAUACAUCACUGCUGAGGAGGAGGAGGUGUGGACUCAAGUUCCACAACUCUGAUUAUACAUUGCAUUUGACACAUAGGCCAACAAACAGAUAAACAUCAUGAUGAAUAUUUUUCAUUUCAAUUUCUUCGCUACUCUAGAGUAGUCGGUUAGCUGGCCGACUGAACAGUGAGCCAAAUUGACUGUGCUUAAAUGAUUGUAAAGAACCACACGCGAUGGCUACUUGCUAGCCCCAUCAAGUUCACUGAAAAUACAAUAGAUGGCAUUACGGGUAGAUCUCUUCCAGGCUCUAGCACUUCCACACACCUCUUCCAGACUCUAGCACUUCCACAAUAUCUUCCAGACUCUGGAACUUCCCCACAUCUCUUCCAGACUCCAGCACUUCCACACAUCUCUUCCAGACUACAGCACUUCCCCACAUCUCUUCCAGACUCCAGCACUUCCCCACAUCACUUCCAGACUCCAGCACUUCCCCACAUCUCUUCCAGACUCUUGCACUUCCCCACAUCUCUUCCAGACUCCAGCACUUCCCCACAUCUCUUCCAGACUCUAGCACUUCCACACAUCUCUUCCACACUGUAGCACUUCCCAAAAUCUCUUCCAGACUCCGGCACUUCCACACAUCUCUUCCAGACUAUAGUACUUCCCCACAUCUCUUCCAGACUCCAGCACUUCCCACAUCUCUUCCAGACUCUUGCACUUCCCCACAUCUCUUCCAGACUCUAGCACUUCCCCCACAUCUCUUCCAGACUCUAACACUUCCCCACAUCUCUUCCAGACUCUAGCACUUCCACACAUCUCUUCCAGACUGUAGCACUUCCCCACAUCUCUUCCAGACUCCAGCACUUCCCCACAUCUCUUCCAGACUCCAGCACUUCCACCACAUCUCUUCCAGACUCCAGACACAUAUCACAUGUGAAAGUAGUCAAUUUGAUAGAGCUCGAUCAAAUCAAAACUGACGGAUACAAGACGAAACGACGGCGCCAGUCACCAAGUCCUUACUAACCUCAGGUUAUAGGAUGUGUUUGGCUGUAACACAGGGCACUAGUAACCUCGGGUUAUUGGGUGUGUUUGGCUGUAACACAGGACACUAGUAACCUCAGAUUAUUGGGUGUGUUUGGCUGUAACACAGGCCAGAUGUAGUUAUUGUCGGGAAAAAAAAUGUAUUUCGUUAAAAAAAAAAAAACACUCUUGAAAAAAAAAUGUUUCUGUCUAUUUAGCCAGCGUAAACCCAAAAUGUCUAUUUUUACUCCGUUAAGGGUCAUGGACCCCAAUUCGCCUACCACUGCUCUAUUUAUAUUCCUAAAAUAUUAAAGUGCGCUUACUUGGGAAAAGUUCCAUUAAAACUCCAACAUUUUUUCCCAAUUUGAAAAUCCCCCGCAACAUCAUUCCCCCCCCCCCCCACAAAAUGACCUCCUAAAUCUUGGAAGCCCGUUGUAACAAUUUUAAAGUGCGCUUACUUGGGAAAAGUUCCAUUAAAACUCCAACAUUUUUUCCCAAUUUGAAAAUCACCAGCAACAUCAUUCCCCCCCCCCCCACAAAAUGACCUCCUAAAUCUUGGAAGCCCGUUGUAACAAUUGAACACGGGUGUACUUUUAGAGGGGACGCGAAAAAUUCAAUGAUUUGCCCUUGUUGUGUGCAGUUUUUGUUAUUAAAUGAGCAAUCUCUCUUAUUUCCCUCUUAUUUCUGUUUCUUCCACUUGAUAGAAGGCAUCUAGACAACGAUUCUUUCCUUAUCAAGUUUAGCUAAAUCAAUCAGAUAGCUGUAUUCUCUGCCGACGUAUCUAGUUCUUCGUAUCGUCUACAUUUCUUCAUAUUUCUUCUAAUCUUUAAACUUAUUUCUUAGUACCCCCCCCCCCCCCCCCCAGUUCAAUAAAGUUUUCAUAUUCGCUGAUAAUUAUUAAUAAUAGAAGAGUUUCAUUUUCUCAGCUUUCUCCCCCAAUCUCAUACUUUUCUUUCUCUCUAAGUUUUUUUUUCUGAUCACUUUCUUUGACUUCUUUUCUACCUUUCCAAAUAUUUGUGUGUCUUUCACGUUUAUCUUCUAUGUUCCCUUCAGUCUUGCCUUGUGUUUAAGUUUUAAUGGGGUUUUUUUCUUUGCCAAUAUGAUUUUAAUUCCCCUUUAACUCCGCCCUGCCCCUUCUCAUUUAAUUUGUCAUCCAUCUUGCGUCACUAUGGAAUCGAGUAUUUUAAAAAUCGAAGCCCGAAUUAGCCCCAGUGUAAACUGCCAACUGUCCCAACUCUGGCUUUUUACAUCAGGCUUACGGAGUCGAUUUUUUUUUCAACAAGUAAUUGAAGUCUUAUUUUGGGUACCGAAAUUACCAAAAUAAAAUAGAACACAAAAAAAAAUAUUAGAUUCGGGGAUUUUCGUUCGUGGUGAGGGUGGGUGUCUUCAUGGCACGUGACUAGGAUCCCAUCAUGGAAACAAAUGAAAUAUAAAUAGCAGUACGUGAUUUUGUUUCAAGAGUUUCUUAAUGCCAAGGGAAAUAACCUGAAAUAUGUUUUAAACAGAGUAAGGAAGACACUGCCCUUUGAAAUGUGGUUCACAGGGAUUAUAGGGUGAACUAGCGAAUUAUCUGACCACAAAACCUAUAUAAGCCUAUGCAUCGUAUGAGUGUGUCUUAGAUAAAGACAUUACCUUGAUUGUGAUGUUCUAUUUCCUGAUACAAAUUAUGUAUACUUUUUUAUUAACGCUACAAAUGAACCACAAACACUCGUAAAUCGUUGGCAUAACAUAAAAACAAUAAUAAGAGGUAUUCCUAAUUGGGUUUAUUAACUUUGUAAAAACAAGAAUGAUUUUAAGUUUUAGAUUAGGCAUAGGGCCCAUGCAAUCAAACAAGUAUAUGAAUGGUUUCAAUUGGUUUGUUUAUAAUUGCACCUUGCCUUGCUUGUACUGGCAACAUUCAUUCCAUAGACAUAACAAAACCUGAUAUUAUUAUUAUUAUUAGUGGUCUAAUAUAGCGCGGUACCCCAGCCUAGGGCUGGGCUCACUACGCUGUACUUAGCAAAAGAGGCAUAAUUGUGACAUUAAAAUAAAAUCAUUUAUGUAAUAAAGAACAGCUGUAUAACAACAAAACAGAAACAAAUGUAGAUACACCCCAUCCACCCCAGAACUUUUACAUGUCAAGCCACGGACGGCAGCCAGCAGCUUCGUUUACCGUUCAGGGAGGGGGGGGGGAAUCAGUUGGGUAGUAGAGUUUAAAGAGAUGUGUUUUGAAUGCAAAUUUGAAGGCCUGGGUGUUCGGUAUAUUGCGCAUGUGUAGAGACAGAUAACUCCAUUGUUGGGGGCGUAGAAAGAGAAAGAACGUUCACCAUAUGUUUUAGUGCGUGUCUUGGGAACGGACAGAAUACGCGUGUCUGCGGAGGAGCGAAGCUGUCGAAGGGGUGAAUAGACAGAAAGAGGUUCGGUUAGAUAUGAAGGGCAGGAACCCGAGAAAAAGUUAUGACGGAGAACAGAUAGCUUGUUAUCAAUGCGUGCUUGUAUAAAGAGUAAAUGAAGUGAGUGGAGUAGUGGAGUGACGUGAUCAUUUUUCCUUUAGAACUAGCCAGCAGCUGAGUUUUGAACUUUCUGCAGUUUCUCUAUGAAGUGUUUUGGUAAACCUGACAGAAGAGAGUUGCAAUAGUCAGGAUGAGGGAGAACUAGAGCACAGACAGGGUUUUUGUUGCGUUAACUGUGAGGUAGUGGCGGAUGGAGCUGAUCUGACGGAUAGCGGUGUAUGCAGAGCGACAAAUGUGAGAAAUAUGUUUAUCGAGAGACAUGUUAGAAAGAGUAUAACUAACCAAGAUUCCUAGCAGAUGAUGUAAACUGUAUGUCGGAGUUACCUACUUGAAAUGAGGUGGGGAGAGCUGAGGUAGAACAUGAUUUGUGAUUGUGAAUGAGGAGUGCUACCGUUUUGUCAUCAUUAAGCUUCAACUUGCUGAGUGUCAUCCGUGACUUGACAUCACCAAAGCUCUCCCGCAAAGUCUGUAUGUUUGUGUUCACCGGUAACAUUAAUAUAUAGAUAUAACAAAACUUGAGGUACCGUACCUCGUAUGUUUGUGUUUACCGGUAACAUUAAUAAAUAGAUAUAACAAAACUUGGCAUAAUUUACCUUGCACCUUGUAUGCUUGUAUUUCAGGGAGAAGCUGAUUCAACAAGCCUUCCAGUGCCUUCAACUGGUGGUCACUGACUUCCUGCCCAUCAUACGACCCACUUACCUGCAGGUCGUUGUACAGGUUGCAGCUAGGUUCGGCCUUCAGCAGCAGGAGCUUAACGUUAGCUUGACAGCCAUUGGAUUACUGGUAGGUCUUAGCAGUAGGAGUUGACGUUAGCUUGACAGCCAUCGGCUUGCUUGGGGUCUUAGCUGUCGGAGCUUAAGGACAGCUUAGUGGCCAUUAAAUUACUGGUAGAUCUUUAGCCAAAAGUCAUUUGAUAUUAUAACAUCCUUACAACAACCCUGUUACGUAGACCUAAUAAUAGAGACAUUUUAUAACUUAAUCUAACUACCUGGCUUCGCAACAGAUAAACCUUAAUUCAACUUUAUUGGCCAACCUAAAACAUGGUCUAUAAACCCGACGCUUUACAAGAAAUAUUUGUUUAGAAAACUUGGCAUCAGGGUAAAGUUACUGGCACUGGAGUCAACAACAAAAUUCUAUCUCUCUUCAGUGGAACAUUUCGGACUUUUUCUUCCAAAAUCGACAACGAAUCAAACAAGAGCUGGACACAACCAGCGAUAAUGGUCAGGCUGUAGGAGCGGCAAGCGCAGACGCUGUCAAGGUCCCACCGGCUUUUGAUGCUCUAUGGAUGUGUCUCUUCUCUCAGCUGGGGGAGCUGUGUGUGGACUCCAGGCCAGCUGUCAGGAAAAGUGCUGGCCAGACUUUGUUCUCCACCAUCUCGGCACAUGGGGCGUUGCUGCUGCAUCAGACUUGGCACAAUGUUCUGUGGCAGGUGGGUUAUGGCACAAUGUUCUAUGGCAGGUGGGUUAUGGCACAAUGUUCUAUGGCAGGUGGGUUAUGGCACAAUGUUCUAUGGCAGGUGGGUUAUGGCACAAUGUUCUAUGGCAGGUGUGUUAUGGCACAAUGUUCUAUGGCAGGUGUGUUAUCGCACAAUGUUCUAUGGCAGGUGGGUUAUGGCACAAUGUUCUAUGGCAGGUGUGUUAUAGCACAAUGUUCUAUGGCAGGUGUGUAAUAGCACAAUGUUCUAUGGCAGGUGGGUUAUGGCACAAUGUUCUAUGGCAGGUGGGUUAUGGCACAAUGUUCUAUGGCAGGUGGGUUAUGGCACAAUGUUCUAUGGCAGGUGGGUUAUGGCACAAUGUUCUAAGGCAGGUGUGUUAUAGCACAAUGUUCUAUGGCAGGUGUGUUAUAGCACAAUGUUCUGUGGCAGGUGUGUUAUAGCACAAUGUUCUAUCGCAGGUGUGUUAUAGCACAAUGUUCUAUGGCAGGUGUGUAGUAGCACAAUGUUCUAUGGCAGGUGUGUUAUAGCACAAUGUUCUAUGGCAGGUGUGUUAUAGCACAAUGUUCUAUGGCAGGUGUGUUAUAGCACAAUGUUCUAUGGCAGGUGUGUUAUAGCACAAUGUUCUAUGGCAGGUUUGUUAUAGCACAAUGUUCUAUGGCAAGUUGGUUAAGGCACAAUGUUCUGCUUCAGGUGAUUCUGUUACAUAAAGUGUGGGGUGGUAUUGUCAAUGACCUACGGCAAGGUGGCUAUGACAAAUGAUAAGAGUGCUGUUCAGACGGUGAUUCAGGGUACCCUACAUUUGUAAUGGUUAGGUUGCAUUGUUUAAAGCAGUGUGUGUUGAAAUAUGUUACGUUAUAGUUUGUUCUCUUUGUAUUGAUAAAAAAAAAAAUCACAUGGCCACUGUUUAUAAAUAGAAACCUACAAUUUCAACCAAAAAGAAUUAAAAAUAAUUUCUUUAAACCAAUUACGAUAUCUAUUUAUUUUUCAUUAAUUGAAAUAGAUAGUUAAUAAAGAUAAUACAAUAUAUAAUAUAAAAUAGUAUUUUUUCUGUCUUCUUUAUUUCUGUCUUCUUUAUUUCUGUCUUCUUUAUUUCUGUCUUCUUUAUUUCUGUCUUCUUUAUUUCUGUCUUCUUUAUUUCUGUCUUCUUUAUUUCUGUCUUCUUUAUUUCUGUCUUCUUUAUUUCUACAAUUAAAUUGAAUGACUCCCAGCACUGUUCGGUUACAACUGUCUUUGCGUCAUCUUCCUUUGAGUCUCAAGUUUUGAUCGCAACACAACACGCUUUCAUUCACAUUUAGCAUUUAUUUUUAAAUAAUUUAUAAAUAAAAUUUCUUUUUUAAAUUUAACGUGCCUUCUCUUUUAUCUGGAGCAGUAUAAUCGUGAUCGUUCCUUUCCUGGACAGGUGCUAUUUCCUUUGCUGGAAAAUGUCCAGAAGUUCUCCAGCUCAGCAUCCACCAUAAGAGACAAAGAAUCCACUGGAAACAUCCUCAUCCACCACUCUCGAGACACGGCGGAAAAACAGUGGGCCGAGACCAGAGUUCUGUCCCUUGCUGGGGUGGCUCGUACUUUUAAUGCAAAGAGGAAAAUGCUUCAAGGAUUGGGUGUGUAUUCAAACUGGCAGAAUUUUUCUUUUUUCUUCAAGACAAUUUGGUCAAGAUAUCUUCGGGAUCUAUAGUCUCUUUGUCACAAACAUUAGUUCUAUGUCACACUAUGUGCUAGUAGAUGAAAUCCUUAUGUUUUUGAUCAACAUUUAGUAGCAACGCUCUCCUGAACUUGAAAUAGAGAAAUCUCAGUCACCGUUAGAAGUGAAAUGGAAAUAAAAUUUGAAAUAUUGCACAUACCUGUAAUAGUUAUUGGUCUAUUGAGAUGUAAAAACUUUCAUAGUAGAAAUUAAAUGACCAUAUCUUUGUUUUUGACUUUUUUCAUGCUCAGUAUUUACAUUGCAAUAUUUAUAUUAUUACCUAUAUUGAACAGGAGACUUCCCAAGAGCUUGGUCUCUCCUUCUGGAUCACAUUGAACUUUCCGCACUGUGCAGAAAUGCCGAGGUAUCAUUAGCUGCCCUGAAGAGCUUCCAAGAAAUUUUACAAAUCGGUCGAGCAUCAAGAGGUUUUGAGGACUCCGAAAGCGGGCUUCAGACAUCUGCCAUCGUUGAGCCUCCUUCCAGUGAGGUCAUCAACCGUACAGGGGAGGUGACCAAUAAAAAGCCAGAGCUCUUCUCCAAAGGCCCGAUAUCAGACUCUUCAGACAAUGACAUCCCCCUCUGGUCGGCGGCCUGGAAGGUUUGGCUCAACAUCGGCACUGAGGUCACCAAGCCCCCGGAACAGUCUGACAAGGUGACGACCAAGGUGUACCUUCCUUCACAGCACUUCCUGACGGCACUGGUUCAGACGUUCCCUCCUUUGUUUGAGCACAUCAAGUCCAGGUUUGUGGCCACUGACCUUCACAAGCUGUCCGCUGUCCUCAGGGGGACGUUGUGUGUUCCCGUGCAGAGCGAUUCCUCCCCGUUCAUCGUGCCGUCAUACCCAGAGAUCUCUGUAACGCCACUGCAAGAAGCUGCUCUCUCAGCUAUGGACACCUUGAUCAAGGUGACAUUAAUCAUCUCUGUGUAAAAAUAAUUAUUAUCACAAAGAAAACUGAAAGGUGCCGAUGUAACGGUUCAUAAAUUAAAGUACCAUGGAAUUAGCAUUUAAUUAUAACUCAGAUGCAGGCUUUCCCACAAAAGGCUAAAUUCUGUGAAAUCAACACGUAUUUAAAAAAAAUCAAAUUCAACCGGCAUUAAUAUUUAUCACAAUGAGAUUAUAUUUUGUACAUUAAGAAUUAUUUAUUAAACUGAUAAAUUAUUCGAUUUAAUGGAAUAACUGGUAUAAGUACAUGGAGGCAGGGAUAGAAAAUUUCUGUCCAGAAAAAUAGAAAAGAUUUCAAAUUUUAUAAGACCAACUACCCCAGUACGUUGUAUAAGUAUAAGUACUUGUGUUGUAAAAGUACUGUGUAUUCAAAGUACCAGUAAUCAUUGUUUGAAACAAUUUAUUUUCCUUAUUCAUGGAAACUGUAAGUCAUUGGCCAGUAUUAGUUCAAACUCUAAGUCAUUGGACAGUAUUAGUUCAAACUCUAAGUCAUUGGACAGUAUUAGUUCAAACUCUAAGUCAUUGGACAGUAUUAGUUCAAACUCUAAGUCAUUGGACAGUAUUAGUUCCAACUCUAAGUCUUUGGACAGUAUUAGUUCAAACUCUAAGUCACUGGACAGUAUUAGUUCAAAUUCUAAGUCAUUAGACAGUAUUAGUUCAAAUUCUAAGUCAUUUGACAUUAUUAGUUCAAACUCUAAGUCAUUGGACAGUAUUAGUUCAAACUCUAAGUCAUUGGACAGUAUUAGUUCAAACUCUAAGUCAUUGGACAGUAUCAGUUCAAUUUGAACCUCUAAUUAUUUAUGAAAAAUUCCCUAAUUUUUUUAAAGGUUACUGUACCGGUACAACUAGUUACAAUGUUUAGACUUUGUUGCAAAUGCAGCUAAUCCUAUUUCAUAGAUGUUAAAGCUAGCACUCAGUAUGGUAGUGAAACUGAAUGGCACCAAGUACAUGAUUUUAAAAGAGAAUUAAACACUAAACAAUUAGGAUAACAAGUUUCAGCUUUUAAAUUAGACUAAGUUUCAACAUGACAAAGCUCACCAUCACAGCAUGAGAGUGCUGAUACAUUUCUUGUGUCGGCCUGUUUAAUGAGAGUGCUGAUACAUUUCUCGUGUCUUGUAUUUGCAAGAACCCCAACAUUUCUUAUACCCAGUAUUAAUUUAAAUUCACAGAUAAUGACUGGUCUACAAGUCAACCAGAGCAGUUGCAGGACUUUUCUAGGAAACCUGCACAUUUUCGUUUUUGUGUGCCCUGUUUUUUUAGAUACCCAUAGUUAUUUGUUUCCCAAACUACACGCAGUUACCCCUUAAAAGUUAAAUGUCCAAGGCCCACAUGGUCGCUCUGAUCUCUCCUGACCAAGGCCCUCACAUUGACUCUGAUCUCACCUGUCCAAGGCCCUCACAUUGACUCUGAUCUCACCUGUCCAAGGCCCACAUGGUCGCUCUGAUCUCACCUGUCCAAGGCCCUCACAUUGACUCUGAUCUCACCUGUCCAAGGCCCUCACAUUGACUCUGAUCUCACCUGUCCAAGGCCCUCACAUUGACUCUGAUCUCACCUGUCCAAGGCCCACAUGGUCGCUCUGAUCUCAGCUGUCCAAGGCCCUCACAUUGACUCUGAUCUCACCUGUCCAAGACCCUCACAUUGACUCUUAUCUCACCUGUCCAAGGCCCACAUGGUCGCUCUGAUCUCAGCUGUCCAAUUCCCACACAGUGGCUCUAUUCUCCUGCCCAAGGCCCACACAGUGGCUCUGAUCUCACCUAUCAUUUACACCUAUCAUCACAGGCUGUCCAGAGUGGACCAGACACCAUGCAAGCCACCUACCCUGACAUCUUUCAGCAACUGCUUACGUUCAUCACUUUCGGGGUCAAUGCACCAAAAUUUGGGGACAUGGAGGCGAAGACCUUUGGUAUCGUCAGGGGACCUCAGGUGAGUCUCAAACUGAUAGCAGUAACUUAAGUGAUGGCGAUGUUCAAAUCGUACGUUAGACUGUGUAUAGUUAACAGUUGACUCACAAGUGAGAUUAAUCUUGAUUUAUCCUAGUUCCAUCCUUCCAUUGCAGUCUGACUGGGUCAUCAUGAACUUUGUACCUUUUGCUGAGCGAGCAGUCAGCAUGACGGUUGACCUGUACAGGACUACCGCCUCCCACCCUGCUGUCAUUAACACCAACAUUUUACAAAACAUUCUCAAGGUGAGUUACAUGGGGGGGGGGGAGAUUCUCUUAAUCUCUCAUCUCUUAAAUACUUGUCUGGUGAUAGAGUAGGAAGAGAAGAGUAUCAUCUCUUAAAUACUUGUCUGGUGAUAGAGUAGGAAGAGAAGAGUCUCAUCUCUUAAAUACCUCAUGGUGAUAGAGUAGGAAGAGAAGAGUCUCAUCUCUUAAAUACUUGUCUGGUGAUAGAGUAGAAAGAGAAGAGUCUCAUCUCUUAAAUACUUGUCUGGUAAUAGAGUAGAAAGAGAAGUGUCUCAUCUCUUAAAUACUUGUCUGGUGAUAGAGUAGGGAGAGAAGUGUCUCAUCUCUUAAAUACUUGUCUGGUGAUAGAGUAGGGAGAGAAGUGUCUCAUCUCUUAAAUACUUGUCUGGUGAUAGAGUAGGGAGAGAAGUGUCUCAUCUCUUAAAUACUUGUCUGGUGAUAGAGUAGGGAGAGAAGUGUCUCAUCUCUUAAAUAAUUGUCUGGUGAUAGAGUAGGGAGAGAAGUGUCCAUUUGGUUGUUCUCAAUAAACCCUACCGUUAUAAUUAUUUUUAUAUUUGUUUGUAGACUGGUAUUCGGUGGUAUUUCAUUGAAGUAUCUUAAUCUUAAUUUAAUGUACCGUCCAGAUACUAGUCUUUAAUUCUACAGUAAUCCCUAAUUAUACACCCGGGGCUGCACUUGUGAUAGAAGGUAAUGAUCGUAAGUCUUUCGUGGAUAAUAAGAAUACAUCUGGGUAAAGAUGAUCAACCCAUAAUUGACGUCACACUAUUUUGCCAGAUUUUGAUGACUCUCUCUCCCCUCCCUACGUAUUGUCACACAAUUGUCAUACAAUUUAGGCACCCUCAUAAUAAAUUGUCACAAAUUCUUCCACCCCCGUCACCCUAGAUAAGUGACAACAUUUUUAAUAGCCCCAUAGGAUACCAUUCUCUAGACCAGGAUUGUGGGUGUCUAGGAGUGUGGGUGUCUAGGAGGAGUGUGGGUGUCUAGGAGGAGUGUGGGUGUCUACGAAUAGAUGACACGCUGCAGAGCUCUGUUUUGUGUCUGUCUAAACAACGUUCCAUAGCUAUACUGACACCGCCAUGUCUUUGUGUUUCUAACAGAUGUAGGAAUGCUCCUCCUCAGUAAAUAACUCUACUACUAAUACUUCUAUAUCAUGGUGUAACAAAUUUCAACAUUUUUAUGUUUUAGGCACAUUAGGUUAAGAAUCAUCAUCAAUAUUAUGAUAGUUUUCUGAGCCAGCCCAUAACUACUGACAAAUAUGUUUUUUUCGUCUCAGUGUUUUACUAAUUAUAAUUAGUUUAUAGAUUCUAGUGGAUAUUUCUUAAAGAAUAGAAUUUAGAAAGCAACAAAAUCAAAAACAAUUUAAUCAGAUAUUUUAUUAUAAAGAUAUUGAAAGCAAAUAAUGUUGAAAUUCUUUAUUUAGGCCUAAAUUGUUAAAUUGUUAGUGGUGUUGAAAGUAAAAAGGAAACAAAGCCAAGCACGUAUAUGUUCAAACAGCCCAGUUCUCUGGUGGAGAAGAUUCUUUCUUGGAAUUUGUCAACAUGUUCCAAUGGGAACAAUAUCAUCUCUCUUGAAAAAUUCUUAUUAAAGAAAAUUAAGCAUGAAACUUUGACAUUUUGCCCUGAUCAAUCAUUACCAACAAUACAUGGGUCAUUAACGUAGGUAACAGAUUUAACUGCAAUAAGUCGCAGUUCUCAUAUCUCCCACUCUUAUUCCUGGACAUACCCCACCCCCACCCCCAUAUAUACACACACACACUUUUCAGUGCCUGCUAAAUUUAAAAAAACUUUUUUAAGUUUGUUUAAAAAAAAAAAAUUGAAUCAUUUUUUGAAAAAUACACCUUUCAUUUAAGAAUCCAAAAUCACAACAACUUAUUUCCCUUUAUUAAACAACUAUGUACAGUAUUAUACAACAUUUCAUGUCGGUUAUUUAGAUGAAUUUUCAAGAAUUUCAUGAAACAACAAAGUUGGUAUGUUUUGUUAUCUUUUUUUUUCAAUAACGGUAAAAGAAUAAUUCUUUAACAUAAAAUACAUACCGGUACCGUAACUCUCGUUGGUUGAUUGGCAUGUUAAAACAAAAAUUGAUUCAUUUCCCUUACUGAAAUUGUCGUCCCCUGCCCAUGGUCACCUUGGAAAAUAAAACUGCAUUUACUUCCCUUUACUUUCAGUCUGUUUACAUUAAUUCUGUUUUACGAAAACUCUGUCAGAAUCAGAUUUUUUUUUUUUUUUUUUUUUUUUAAUAUUUUUUUAAAAACUAUUUUUAACUUUGUCUGAAUUUUAAAAAAAUGUAUUAAAAAAAAGCUUCAGCUCUAGAUCUGGGAAGAGAUGUGAAACUGUUGAAAAAUGAUUUUAGUUUUGUUUUUUUUUUUUUUUUUUUUUUUGGUUAUUUUUUUAAAAAAAAAUUUUUUUUUUUUUUUUUUUUUUUUUUUUUUAAAAUUAUUUUAAAAACCAUGUUUAACCUUGUCUGAAAUUUAAAAAAAUGUAUUAAAAAAAAGCUUCAGCUCUAGACCUGGGAAGAGAUGUGAAACUGUUGAAAAAUGAUUUUAGUCUUGUCUUUGGCUUUAGAUUGGACAAGUUAAAAUCCUAAGGCAGUUCUCUGUUAGGGAGCUUAUUAAAUUAGGCAGGUGGCGAACUCGAUUUUUUUUUUCUUAAAAUUUAAGGAAUACACUUUUGAACAACAUGAACAAGGCAAAAUAAAAUAUAAUGGAAAAUGGCUGCAUGCAUGUAAGUUAGUACAUUAAUUAAUAUCAACAAAUGCGCGCAAUAACAAAAAUAACAAAUUAUGUUUACAACAUAUGAUCAUUCUCUCUGUGUACCUUCACUCUGAAUAAACAUCAAUAUUUGGUAUGUGUUUGACCACAUAGGCAGGGCAGCCCCAUUACCUGUCAGUGUAGCUACCCCCAAAGGACUUCGCUAUUUUCUAUUAGUCUCACAUCUCAGAUGGCUGUGAUUUUAGUUGUUUUCCAUCUAAAAAUAUUCAAAAUGCUUCACAGCCGUUGUUCUCUGAUCAGUUAGUGGAAUGGAACAGAUCAGUUAUUUGGGUGGAACUGAUCAGUUAGUUGAGUGGAACUUGGAACUUAAAACAUUUUUCAAAUGUCUUCUCAUAACCAAAUGGGAUAGAUGCUUCAUCUAUAUUUGUGUUACUUUCUCUUGAAGCUUAUAGUGCUAUAAAAGGAAAGCAAGCUUCCCUCACAUUAAAAACUUGUUUGUAAGCAGAUAGACUCAUGAUGGUCAUGAAAUCAGUGCACCAUGACAUUUGGGCUUUUGUAGAUGAGUUAGUCACAGUGGAAAUGUACUGUUUCACAUCAGACGUUCAUCAGUGCGGUGAUUGGCUGUUUAAGGAGGCAUUGUUCUGUACCAUUUUAAUAGAGGGAAUGGAUUCGUUUAUUUCCCUAAAUUAAAACAAAAUACUUUUGGUACGGUUCUAAUUUUUUAAUCCCUUUCCCCAUAAAGUGAAUGUCAACAUAUGACCACCAUAUAUGUUUAUAAGAAAACAACUGCUUACAUCUCCAGGUGGUGCCUCCACUUACAUCCCCAGGUGGUGCCCUCCACUUACAUCCCCAGGUGGUGCCCUCCACUUGCAUCCCCAGGUGGUGCCAUCCCACUUACAUCCCCAGGUGGUGCCCUCCACUUACAUCCCCAGGUGGUUCCCUCCACUUGCAUCCCCAGGUGGUUCCCUCCACUUGCAUCCCCAGGUGGUGCCCUCCACUUACAUCCCCAGGUGGUGCCCUCCACUUACAUCCCCAGGUGGUGGCCUCCACUUACAUCCAUAGGUGGUGCCCUCCACUUACAUCCCCAGGUGGUGCCCUCCACUUGCAUCCCCAGGUGGUGCCCUCCACUUACAUCCCCAGGUGGUGCCCUCCACUUACAUCCCCAGGUGGUGGCCUCCACUUACAUCCCUAGGUGGUGCCCUCCACUUACAUCCCCAGGUGGUGCCCUCCACUUGCAUCCCCAGGUGGUGCCCUCCACUUACAUCCCCAGGUGGUGCCCUCCACUUACAUCCCCAGAUGGUGCCCUCCACUUACAUCCCCAGAUGGUGCCCUCCACUUACAUCCACAGGUGGUGCCCUCCACUUACAUCCUCAGGUGCGCCCACUAUUUACAUGUCAAGGUUACCCGCUACGCACCCAAGUGGUACCAUAUAUACCCAAAAUCUACCAGGGCUAGUAGUUCUUGCACUAAAUUAGAUCACAUUUCAGAAGUGUAACAUUAUAACUAAAAUAAAAAUAUUAAGUUAAAUAAAUAUCAUUAGCAACGAAGGACCGUGGUUCAAAUAUAAAUCCUGGACACAGCUGCUGUUUAGCAAGUAGUCGCGCCGAGGUGUUCCUGUGUGACAUUUCUCCAACUUCGUGUAUAUCCAGAGAAAGACUUUAAAUGCAAUCUUAGUCAAAGAGCAUGAGCCGCUUGCUGAGAUCGCGCAUCUCAUUCUCCAGCAUGUGAAUGGUGGUCGUGAGCUUCAUGUUCUCUUCCUCCAGGCUUAGGACUCUCAGGGCCACCAGCUCCUCCUUGGUUCGCCUGGCCUCGCGCGACCGUUUGGCACUCUCGUUGUUCUUUCUGCGCUUCUCGGUGUAGGCGUUGUCGGGCUUAGCACCGCCUCUGGUCGUGUCGUCACUUCCGGAAUUCGAGGGCUGGUCCUGAGGGUUGGAGGCCGUUGAGCAUUCGGAGUAGGAUCGUUCCGUCGGUCGUCUCUUUGAGGGCAGUGACCCUGAGGUGGCAGAGGAGGGCGAGUGAGCAGACGCGGGGCUCAGACUCGCACUCAGGACUGAGCAGCUGUCGUCGAUAUCUUCCUCUUUUUUAAUCGGGCACUGAAAGGUUUGGACUGCCGAACUUUUGUUUUCAUCUUCUUUUUUGAUCGGGUAACGGUAAGACAUGUUCACCGAGCCUGCUGGCCUUUCCGUUGGAAUGCUGGAAGAUGAAGACACGCCUAUUUGAUACUGCUGUGACAGGCUGAGCAUGUGUUGCUGAUAAGCGAGGUUCAUGGCGCCUGGCGACAUGCGGGAUGUCGAAGGUCCGGCCUGAAUGCUGCCGGGGUAGGAGGCGUUGUCUGGGGACGAGGAGGCGGCGGCCGCCUGCUGAAGGCUGCUGGGAUAGGAGGCGUUGUCUGAUGAUGCGGCAACGGCCUGCUGGUGAACGCUGUGGUACGAUGUGUAGCCUGAUGACGAUGGCACCAUCGGCUGCUGGCUGCCUCGAAAAGAUGUUAAGCUGGCGUUUAAGGAAACGGGCUGUUGAAGGCUGUUUGGAAAGGAUGUCAUGCUAGGAGUGGAGUCCUGCUGAAGGCUGCCGGGAAAGGAAGACAUGGUGACGUCAAACAACAUGGAUAGUGGUUCAUGCAACCCUGUCAAGCUACUUGAUGACGCAUUCCUCACCAUGCUUCUAGUGGGCAGCAUGAAGUUUGAUGUCAGUCCAUGACCAGUUCCUGUGCUACCCAGGUUCAAAUCCUCACGUAGGGAUUCUCCAAUGAGAGAAGAGCUGUCCAUGUCAAGGUCAUCGUAUCCGUAGGGAUGAACUUGUGGAUCUGUGUUGAGCAUGGAGUUUGCUACGUCCUGCUGGGGCAACCUAUAAUCGCGUGAGAACCCUUGUUGAUGGGCAUGAGAAACGUGACCAGCCACUUGCUGUCGCUGUUGUUCAGCUAAUGCUAGAGGCUGCUGCUGGUGGAAAUCCUGACGCUGCUGUUGUUGGGAUUGCUGCUGUUGGUUGAUUUGUUGCUGUCGCUGCUGCAUGAAGUCUGACAGUGACGUGGGCAUACUGCUGUUUAUGGAAUCAGAUCUGGGGUCUAGGAACAGGAGACUGGAAGAUGGAAGCUCCGGAUUGUAGUAUUUAAACGGUCGCUCACCCUCCAGGACUCGAAUGUUGUUUAUGGGUCUCCCCUUAGACAUGGUUGUGUGUCUUGAAUAGCCACAUAAGACACUGUCAGGCUUACGAAUUCUUGAUAGUCAAUCUGUGGAAGUAAAAGAAACCAGAAGAUUGUUUUUUUUUUGCGAAUGGAAGAAUAAUUUGUGAUCAAAUGAAGUUAUACGUGUUUUAAAAAAUCUACCAAAUUAACAAAGGUCAGUGUUGUUCAAUGUUGGUCAAUGUUGGUCAGUGUUGGUCAAUGUUGGUUAAAAGUUGGUCAGUUUUGGGCAGUAGUUUUCUUAGUGUAAGUCCCGGCAAUCAAAGCAUAUGUCAUGGCAGAUUAUUAGUUCCAGUGACGGUGUGAGGAAUACAGGACCAAAAGAACCCGCUCUUGAGAGGAAUUGGGGGGGGGGGGAUAAAAAGAUGUUUUUCCUUUAGACUUCCUUUGUUAUGGUGGUCAGGUCGUUUGGAAAUCUUCCCUUCUUAUUCGGGCCAUUGCACACGAGAUAGGAGCCCUUGCACUCGGCAUGGGAGUCAAUGCACAUAACAUGGUGGUCCUUGUACAUGUCAUUGUGGCCUUUGCACAUAACAUUGGGUCUCAUACACAUAACAUUUGGGACCCUUGCACAUAACAUUUGGGACCCUUGCACAUAACAUUUGGGACCCUUGCACAUAACAUUAGGGCUCUUGCACAUAACAUGGGGACCCUAGCACAUGACAUAAAGUGAUCAAGUUACAUGAUUAAGAUUGUGUUGGAUGGCCUCGGGUUGGUCUAUAUGGAACGAUUCUUCAUCCAUGGGCUAGCUCCCUAACUAUAUGCAACUUAGUUUAGUAGGAAUAAUUAAUAUUUGCCAUGGUGAGGAGGGGAUAUCAUAGUUCUAUAGUUGAUCUAUUUCAGUUAUCCAAUGAGGUUGCCUGUUUUUCUGGUUGUGUGUGCGUGUGUGGGGAAAAAGGAGGGGGGGGGGAGUGAUCUGAAGGCCAAAGUCCAGGUUAAAAAAUGUUGGGAUUCCUUCUUUGGAUGUUGGAUUAAUUAAAUACCGGUACGAAAUAAUAAAAAAUUACAAAAUAAACGACUUCAACAAAAAAAAAUGUCUUCAACUGUUCAAUAUCUACAAGGUUAUACAAUUCCAGGCCAGAGUGGAUGGGCUCAACAUAUUUUUUUAAAUAAAAUACAUUUUGUUGUGUGCAAGUACCGUGCAUUGAUCAAUAAUAUGUAUAUUUAAGAAAUAUGUCGAAUCCACUAACAGUUUAAGCCUGUUAACAAGGAACGAAGUAUAGCGGUCAAUGGUGUAACGACACAUUAUGGCGCCCGAGGGCGAACUUUGAGUUUGGUCCCCCCCCCACCCCUCCCCAACACCGAAAAUGUAGUGCUUUUGGAAAAUGAAACCUGGAAAUAAUGAACCUUGAAAUAGCACUAACCCCGAAACGUAAUAAUUUUGAAACACUAGCUGAACCUUCCAAUAGCACCACUUUUGGUUAGGUUACAAGGGUUUGAGACAUAUUCUGUUUUCAUUUAAAGAAACGAAGUGGCUAUUCGAACCCGACUACCAGAAGUCAGAGGUUUAGAUUUUUUUUUACAUUUCAGGAAAGAUAAUUGAAUGGACUCUAUGUUUGUAAACUUAAAAUGAGGCAUCAAAUGAAAGAUAAUUGAAUGGACUCUAUGUUUGUAAACUUAAUUCUUCAGUUUAACUUAAAUAAACUACCACAAAUGACAUCCGAAUAGCACCGAGUCAAAAUGGACCCGGACACACAUCACCGCUAUUCGGUGCCUUCCUACUCCACUGACAGCGGAACUGUUGGUUUCCCCAGCUCGUAAGCCGUUUCUGACUAAAUUCAUUCUAUCUUCUUCUUUUCUAGUUUCAAUUGAUCUAUGAAGGCUAUUUUCAAAUGUUAUUUUACAACAGAAUAGCUUGCCACCUACUUUUUUUUUCAAUUUAGUUUGGUUCCAAAAUUAUGUUUCUUGUCUCUUAACUAGACUCCAGUAAAAUGGUUAGUACCAUUUAAAACUGACCCACUAAUCUAAAUAACUUCAUAUUUCACGGUAACGUCAUCCAACCCAUGUUUACGCAGUCAAACCAUGACAACCACGAAGGAUAUGAAAGCGGAUACGAUUACGAUAUCAACCAACCCGCCACCCCAUUUGCCCUUGUCUCUCCCAAAAUAAACCUUUUUUUUUUUCCCCUGGUGGUCGCACGGCCAAUGUCUUUUGACUGGUCUGUCUACUAAACUAUGCCUUAGAAUUAGAAGAUUAACAAAUAAAAAAAUAAUAAUUUAACUCCAGGUAUUUAAUGUUACUAAGACUCCAAACGGUUCAAGCUAAUCAAACCUCAAAACCCGAUCGUAAAAAUAGAAAUAUGUUUUACGUGUCGCCAGAGUGUCAGUAAAUGUGGGAUAUGUAAAUAAGAGGAUUGGUUACGAAGAGAUGCAAGUUAUACAAAUUGUUAAUGUUUAGUUUAAAUUUUCGACAAAUUUCUUUUUGAAAUCACUAUUUUGUGUCACAAUCACUAUUUCGUGUUACAAUCACUAUUUUGUGUCACAAUCACUAUUUCGUGUUACAGCAUUAUGCGUUCAAAAAGAAAUUUGACGAAACUUUGAUCGUGUGAACGCCACUGGGAUCACUUGAUGUAUCGGUAACAGUUUUAAGUUAUUUCACAGAUCAUGUCUUUGAAUAAUUAUUUUGGUCGUAAAAAUCUGGUUCUUUACUGACAUCCAUAACCAAGGUAAAGAAUAAAUGCUAUCUGACCUAAAGUGCAACUAACAACUAAUAUUACCGGUACUAGUACCGGUACAAGACCUAACUUCUGACUAUGAGACUAUAAUACAGAUUAUACAGUGUAACUAUUGACAUUUUCCGAAAGGUGUCUGAAGCCUAACAGUUAAUUCUAUGAUGGGUGGGAUAUUUCAGUCGCACUUAGUCAGUCCCUUAGUUUAACAUUGCAUGUCUUUGUUAUGUAGUACAACGCCGUAUUAAAUCCAGACCCAUGGUUAAAUGUUGUACUGAGUACGGUACUUCAUUGUUAAUUCAACGAUUAUAUUUUUUUCAGUGCCACUAAUGUAGUGGUGUUAAUCAUAAUGUAGAGGCCUAACGUGAAAGUUGUGACCAAAAACCCCUCUAAGGUCUAAAAAGUGACGUCAGUGCAACAUUGACCGUUCUUUAAUCACUGAAAUGAAUGAACCGAUGUAAUCCAAAGAUUCAUAACCACUCAUUCAUUUGAUGAGACGUUGGAAGCAUAAAGGCUGCCAUUGUAUAGAAUUAUGUUUACACCCGUGGUCAGUUCGCGUUGCUCAAAAUUCACGGCUUUGUCAACGCUAAAAUUCAAAAGUGUCUUUAAAAGCUAAGGAACAAUUGUAUUGAUGUUCAGCUAGUCGCCAUUGUGUAACACUCAAUGAUCGUUCCAACCAUUUUAAAUCGCGCAACUCGUGUAUAGAUCAUUGGUCUUCGUUGGCCGAGCGAACAACGAGGGUAUUUUUCUUUCUGCAGUUUUCUUUUCCGCUUUCUCCUUGUCUUAACACUUGGUUCCCGAAACACGAUUCUUAUUAACACAAACGACUCCUUACAUCAGAGGUGAGUUAGGUAACAUCACAACAAAGGAAACCGAUGACGAUGGCGUUGAUGUAAGCUGAACGAUGAGUAAGGUAAUGACUGUGUAAAGAUGUAAUAAGAGUUACCUGGCAGUGAUGAGACCGGUCCUCCCAGCGGCUGUUGCACACUAUUCGCUAACCUUACCCAACGCCCGGGUCCCGUGUUAGACGUUCUGCCGCAAUAGCCCUCGCUGUUAUGUGGAGGGAACAAAAAUGACCGCUGGUCAGCGCGUAUAAAAAUCGCCACUUUCAAUAGAGAGGGGGGAGGGAUUACCCGCUCCCAAUAGUUCCCCCUCCACCCCCACCCCAUCGCCAUGCUUUGUUGUAGGCUGUAGGUAUUACAAUCGGAGAUAUUGUCUACCUACCACCGCACCCUCCCACAAACUAGAUCACAUUUGCAAUGAAUUGCGUUGUUGUUGAGCCAGACCGUUGAUAUAUACUCAACAAUGACGCCCAAUCAUCGUUAGUGACCAACCGGUGCUAGUAAAUAGGAAGGUGCUAGUACAUAGGAAGGUGCUAGUACAUAGGAAGGUGCUAGUACAUAGGAAGGUGCUAGUACAUUGGAAGGUGCUAGUACAUUGGAAGGUGCUAGUACAUGGGAAGGUGCUAGUACAUAGAAAGGUGCUAGUACAUAGAAAGGUGCUAGUACAUGGGUAGGUGCUAGUACAUGGGAAGGUGCUAGUACAUGGGAAGGUGCUAGUAUAUGGGAAGGUGCUAGUACGAAGGUGCUAGUACAUAGGAAGGUGCUAGUAUAUGGGAAGGCUUACAUUUCAACGUUCUCCUGUGCUUUUUGUUCGUUGUUAAUAUUUUCCAAUGACCAACCAAGACCUUGGCUCAUGAACUGGUAGAGAACAGUGGCAGAGGUGUAGCCAUCACAUUGACUCUCAUUUUAAUCUAAUUUUAUACUUCAAAAAAGAUCAAUUUACAAUUGCAAAAUAUUCUGGUCAGUGGCGUAGCUACGGUUGGUGCCGCCCGUUGAGGGCCAAGCUUCUUGACGCCCCUGUCCACGAAACAACUUUGCAUUUGGCCGAAAGUGAAAGUGCCGCGUGUCAGUAUCAAGAACCAAGUGCCGCCCCUCAGCAACCACUCCCAGUCCAUCAAAAUGGCCCAUCUCUGUAGAAGUAGAAGUUGAAAUGGUCGUAAACUGAGACAUCCGUUACGAUGACAUCAGUUACCAUGACAUCCGUUACCAUGACAUCCAUUACGAUGCUUAUUUUGGGUUGCGUUCGGUCGUUGUUGUUAAAUUAUGUUUUUUAUUCAAUGUCCCUUUCAAGUAUUUCCUAUGACCAAGUGUACCAUAUUCUUUUUAGAGAUUUAUUAAUCCAUUUUCACUGGAGUCAACCAAUCAGAUAUGUUAGUAAGUAGUACUAUCGAUUGUACCGGUAGGUCAUGUUAGGCCUACAAUUUGUAAAUUUGUAAAAUUGCAACUCCGAUUUCGAACAUGUUAAGUGAUAAGUCUUCUAGGUGAAUCUGAGAGGCGUGAAAACAUGGCCUCAUGUCAGCCACAUCUUUCAGCUCGUAUGACAAUGAAUAUCAUGAUUUAAUCUUCAGUGACCUUCACUGGUUACAAUGACAGCCCACUUCUUCUUUUUCUUAUUUUGUGAAAAUUAUUGUUGUUUGCAAUUCUUUUUUUUUUUUCAUUUCAAUAUAAUUCCAUUGAGCCCUCAAUAUCCCCUUAGUUGGGGUUAGAGGUCACCUUUGUGACGUCUUGUCUUCUGGAGCACGCCAUCAAAGAAUUGCUCAACAUUUCCAGUUCAAGAUUAUAAUUAGACAUGUAAUAACAGAAACAACGGUAGACAUGUCGAAAAUGUAGUGGACACGUGCGCUACUGGGCCAUUGCACCCAUGAACACAUUUCCCGCGUCUUGAAGGGUACGUAGAGAAAGCGGUGUACCUCCCUGUUGGCCGUAUUUGGGUCAGUGGAACUGUGUGUGUGUGUUUGACAGGCUAAGUAAAUAAGUCUGUGUGUGUUGGUCAAGGGCCGAUGCGAUACACGCAGAGCUUGGCAUGUUGUAGUCCGUUAUCUCAACAGCUGGUCCCGUCCAUGGCUGAUUGAAUCACACCGGGUCAUUCUUGCGUAACGUUACGUACAGGCCAGCGUGACACGAGGCUCAGGGGCUCUUUCAUGGCACAAGGGACCGUCUCAUAGUGGCCAGGGAGUUCUCGCAGUGGAGACUUUGGAGUCAUGAAGUGUAGAGCAUUCUUUCAGUUCACUAUAAAAAAAAUCUUUCUUUGACUUUUAAAUAAUUUCCUAAAAAAUAAUUUCCUGAAAAUGAAUUUUGAAAUAAUUCAUUUUAUUUUCAUCCACUUAAAAUAAGUAGUGAAGGAAGCGAGGUGCGGCAACAAUGAUAUCAAUGAAAUAGUGAAACGAGGUAUGUGGAAGCUUGAAAUAAGGUAACAGGACAAAAAUUAUAUCAAUAGUAUGAAUAAAUCAUAGAAUUCAAUGUGUGAUUAUAAUAUGUAUUCAGAAUACAAAUAACAAACACAUAUUUAAUCCCAAGCGAGAACCGAACCACGUUCCUAAUGGGCCGUCUCUUACUUCCAUUGACCGAUAUUUAUAAUACCAAACAUUUCUAUGGACUUACAAAUAAAUCUACGGUUAAUUUAAAAUUGUUUUUUCCGUGACUUUGUAUCUGCUACAAUUAAUUGUGACGUGUUUACUUGUGACUUUAUUUUCUGUGACUUUAUUUUUGUGACUUUAUUCCGCCCACCCACGAAAACUCCGUUAACGACAUGUCAAUUGUUACUUUGAGACGACCCCCUCCGUAAACUAGGGUCAAUCCCUUGACGUAACAUUGCGUGUUAUAACGCCGACCAACGUUUAGUGAGACGCGAGUGACGUAGGAAAAGAUGUGAUUGGUCAGUCGAUGGUUUGGGGGGGGGGGGAAUCACACGAUGGUCAGUCAGUCCAACUGAUGGUCAGUUAGUUCAACGUAGGGUCACUUUUUUUCCUUGCAACUGCUAGUCCUUUGGUCAGUUUUCCUCAAACUAAUUUUGCGAACCACUUAAUUAAACUUAGACUUAGAUUUUAUUUCAUAUCAAGCACGUAUCUAAAUGUAAUCAUUCUAAUACACAUUAAGAGAAUUGUUGGCCCUGGAACUAUGUCACACAUUAAGAGAAUUGUUGGCCCUGGAACUAUGUCACACAUUAAGAGAAUUGUUGGCCCUGGAACUAUGUCACACAUUAAGAGAAUUGUUGGCCCUGGAACUAUGUCACACAUUAAGAGAAUUGUUGGCCCUGGAACUAUGUCACACAUUAAGAGAAUUGUUGGCCCUGGAACUAUGUCACACAUUAAGAGAAUUGUUGGCCCUGGAACUAUGUCACACAUUAAGAGAAUUGUUGGCCCUGGAACUAUGUCACACAUUAAGAGAAUUGUUGGCCCUGGAACUAUGUCACACAUUAAGAGAAUUGUUGGCCCUGGAACUAUGUCACACAUUAAGAGAAUUGUUGGCCCUGGAACUAUGUCACACAUUAAGAGAAUUGUUGGCCCUGGAACUAUGUCACACAUUAAGAGAAUUGUUGGCCCUGGAACUAUGUCACACAUUAAGAGAAUUGUUGGCCCUGGAACUAUGUCACACAUUAAGAGAAUUGUUGGCCCUGGAACUAUGUCACACAUUAAGAGAAUUGUUGGCCCUGGAACUAUGUCACACAUUAAGAGAAUUGUUGGCCCUGGAACUAUGUCACACAUUAAGAGAAUUGUUGGCCCUGGAACUAUGUCACACAUUAAGAGAAUUGUUGGCCCUGGAACUAUGUCCACAGCGGCAGCUAAUAAAAGUUUUAGAACGUGAAGUUUUUGAGCUGAGCUCUCAGAUUUCUGGCUACAGUUACACUGUCUGCCCCUCUUUCUGGCUACAGUUACACUGUCUGCCCCUCUUUCUGGCUACAGUUACACUGUCUGCCCCUCUUUCUGGCUACAGUUACACUGUCUGCCCCUCUUUCUGGCUACAGUUACACUGUCUGCCCCUCUUUCUGGCUACAGUUACACUGUCUGCCCCUCUUUCUGGCUACAGUUACACUGUCUGCCCCUCUUUCUGGCUACAGUUACACUGUCUGCCCCUCUUUCUGGCUACAGUUACACUGUGUGCCCCUACAAGUUAGACCCAAAAAUGACAUGGAUGUUUUCAAUUUAAUUUGGAAAGAAUGAGAUUUGAAAUUGUGUGGGUUUUUUUAUGAACCCGACCCAAACACAAUGAUUGAGCCCAUAAUAACCCGUCGCUCGUCCACUGUUUGAGAUGUGUCCACUGAAUAUACCCGGCCUGGUCAGUCAGGCGAAGGUCCAGUAAGAAUCGUAGAUGACGUCAAGUACUUGACUGUAUUCAAGUGUAUUCUUAAUGACCAAUGGCCAAGAGAACAGUAAUCAAUAAUAACCAUAUCACUACUUGUGAAGGAUACCUUGACCCAUGGACCCGGAGAGGUCAAAGUGACAUGUUUCGAUCACGACCAGUGCAGAUGGUGGAUUCAAUUUAAAACUAGGUUUUGGAAAGCAUGGAAAUACUUAGUCAAACUUUGACAAUUGGUUUGUGACAUUUUGGGGGAUUUUUUUGUUUUUGUUUUUGAAUUGUAGGAAAAAGUCACAGGAAAAAAUCACAUAAAAAUGUCACAUAAAAAAUCACAGUAAAACUUUUUAUUAACCUUAAAUCUUAAUUUUAUUUUAUGUUUAAGUCGAUAUAAAUAUUUAUAACAGACUAAAUGUCAGAAAAUGGAACCAAAAAUUCACAGGAAUAAACUUAACAGUCAAGUCUGAAAGGAGCGCACUGGUCAAUUUUAUCAAAUGAGUAAAUCCAAGUGGGGUUAAACCUGACAAAAGGAACGCACCAAAACAACGAACAUGUCGGCAGUCUCUCCCCUUAUUACCCUGGUCAAUUUUAACAAGAUUGGCAGAUUGGGGAACACAUGAAAUUUUAUCUUUCGGUCCAAGGCCGCUUUGACCACAUUGAGACCAUCGAUGCUUUGCCGGGACAGUGUUAUCACUAAACUAGUACCACAAUGUCAUACCUUUGGCUGUCCUUUGAUUCCUUUACGAUGUGGGGGGGGGGGGAAUCGGAGGCGGAUCCUUUUUUUCAGUCACAAACAGACACGUAACAGAAGAGCACCCCCCCCCCCGCCCCCCUGGGGGGGGGGGGAAUCGGAGGCGGAUCCUUUUUUUCAGUCACACACAGACACGUAACAGAAGAGCACCCCCCCCCCCGGCCCCCGAGCGAGAAUCGAUUGUAGUUGUUGGCAAAGAGUCACAGGGAAAAACAAAGUCAGACAAAAAGUCAUAGAUAAAGUGAAACAAUUUGUUGUAUGUUUAUAAAUUCUUAUGUGUCAGUGUUUAUGAAAUGAUAUUUGUAAGUCCAUAUGUAUGUUUAUUUACAGAAAAACAGAAAUAGAAAUAACAGUAGCUUGUUCCAAUCGAAAUGUUUUAUUCUUUGCUUGGGAUUAAAUGUGUUUUUUAUUUAUAUUAUAUAUAGGCAUAGCUCACACAUUUAAUACUAUGAUUUAUUAUAACACAGCUAUACAUGCGUGUAUGUGAUAUUUGUAUUAUGUGUACAUAUUUUACACAUUUAAUUCUAUGGAUUCAAAAUUAUUUGCAUUGUUAUGCAUGAAGCCACUGUAUACUUUCAUGACAAAUUGAAUAAAAUAAAUGCUAAUAAGCGAUUGGGUAGAGAUUAAGUAAGCUCUCGCCCAAAAGGAUUGUGAUUGGAUUCUCGCCUCUGAUCUCACCGACACAUCUCACCUAGGCAGGAAGGAAUCAAAGGACAGGAAAGGGCAUUGCAAUGUGGUACUAGUUGACUGAUAGUUCUAUCCAGACAAAGCACAAGCAGUCUCAAUGUGGUCUAUGCGGCUUUUGACAAAAAAGAUAUAAACAUUCAUAUGUUCCUCAAUGUUAUAAGAAUUUAUUUAAUUCAUGAUAUUAUCGCUUGUAUUGAAAUAAACAUUUACAUGAAUAUGACUGACUAUGAGCUUAUGGGAAUUUUCACCGAAUGAUAAAGAAUUUUUUUGUUUUAUGAUUUGUUACUUUAAAACUUAUCUAUUAUCAAACUUUAUUUUUCUUGUCACUUUUUUCCUAGCAAAAUUUGUGACUUUUAUUACGAUCCCCCGAAAGUCAAAUGACAAUCCUUUUGGGCGAGAGCUUAAUCUCUGCUCAAUCGCUUACUACCAUUUAUUGUUAUUCAAUCUGUAACUUUCGUGUUCAUUGGCUUCACGCAUGACAAUGUAACUACUUAUGAACAAAUCAUAGAAUUGAAUGUGUCAUUAUAAUUUAUAAUAUGUAGUCUAGACUUCACACAAAUAUGAAAUCCGUUGCGAGAAUCAAAGCACGUGCCUAAUGAGACGUGUCUUACUUCUAAAUACCGGUACCGAUAUGUAGUCUAUAAUAAAUAUUUAGAUCUAUGUGGACUUAAAAAUAAAAUUAUUUUUUUUUCUGUGACUUUUUUCCUCGUGACUUUUUUGUUGUAUUAUUUUUAAAGGCAUGGCUGCAGCUUGUUUCUUAAUCCAGUGAUUGAAACGAUUACAAGUAUUCGAGUAUAUUAAGUAUUCGUCAUCCUGACAAGGUGGUCCUAAUCUCAAAAUGCUAAUCUGAUUACCAUGCUCCUCAUACGCUCAGCGUAAACUUCAAUUCGACUCCAUUGGUCUCCACGAUGUCCUCUGCCUCUUUGGCUGGUAUCAAUGGAUUUCAUGGCACGGUCUGAUCAGACGUUAGGUGUGGGACAACUUUAUUGUGGCUGACCUCCCUUUUUUCAUGCGGUGGCCGUACCAAAGCGGAUCGUUAUCAAAGGCGGGUUUAAAAACGACCCACCCAUCCAGUGGCGUAGCUAGGGUUAGUGUCGCACCCUUUAACCAAUCAAAAUAUCUGCAGUUAUCCGAAAAAAAAUUUUUGUUUGAAGGGACGGCACACCUUGGCACUAAUCAUAGCUACACCUUUGCUACUGAUGUGUGAUGAUAUCCCAGGCUUUGCUACUGAUGUGUGAUGAUAUCCCAUGCUUUGCUACUGAUGUGUGAUGAUAUCACAUGCCUGGCUACUGAUGUGUGAUGUUAUCCCAUGCUUUGCUACUAGUGUGUGAUGAUAUCCCAGGCUUUGCUACUGAUGUGUGAGGAUAUCACAGGCUUUGCUACUGAUGUGUCAUGAUAUCCCAUGCUUUGCUACUAGUGUGUGAUGAUAUCCCAGGCUUUGCUACUGAUGUGUGAUGAUAUCCGAUACUUUGCUACUGAUGUGUGAUGAUAUCCCAUGCUUUGCUACUGAUGUGUGAUGAUAUCCCAUGCUUUGCUACUGAUGUUUGAUGAUAUCCCAUGCUUUGCUACUGAUGUUUGAUGAUAUCCCAUGCUUUGCUACUGAUGUUUGAUGAUAUCCCAUGCUUUGCUGCUGAUGUUUGAUGAUAUCCCAUGCUUUGCUACUGAUGUUUGAUGAUAUCCCAUGCUUUGCUACUGAUGUUUGAUGAUAUCCCAUGCUUUGCUACUGAUGUGUGAUGAUAUCCCAUGCUUUGCUACUGAUGUUUGAUGAUAUCCCAUGCUUUGCUACUGAUGUUUGAUGAUAUCCCAUGCUUUGCUACUGAUGUUUGAUGAUAUCCCAUGCUUUGCUGCUGAUGUUUGAUGAUAUCCCAUGCUUUGCUACUGAUGUUUGAUGAUAUCCCAUGCUUUGCUACUGAUGUUUGAUGAUAUCCCAUGCUUUGCUACUGAUGUUUGAUGAUAUCCCAUGCUUUGCUACUGAUGUUUGAUGAUAUCCCAUGCUUUGCUACUGAUGUUUGAUGAUAUCCCAUGCUUUGCUACUGAUGUUUGAUGAUAUCCCAUGCUUUGCUGCUGAUGUUUGAUGAUAUCCCAUGAUGCUUUGCUACUGAUGUUUGAUGAUAUCCCAUGCUUUGCUACUGAUGUUUGAUGAUAUCCCAUGCUUUGCUACUGAUGUUUGAUGAUAUCCCAUGCUUUGCUGCUGAUGUUUGAUGAUAUCCCAUGAGCUCGUAGAUAACGCAUUGAUAAGAUUAGUGACUAAAAAAACAGGUUUAUUUCACUUACGAUGUCCUCCCAACAACUAUUGAACCCAGCUCCCUCCCAACCACUAUUGAACCCAGCUCCCUUCCAACCACUAUUGAACCCAGCUCCUUCCCAACCACUAUUGAACCCAGCUCCUUCCCAACCACUAUUGAACCCAGCUCCCUCCCAACCACUAUUGAACCCAGCUCCCUCCCAACCACUAUUGAACCCAGCUCCCUCCCAACCACUAUUGAACCCAGCUCCCUCCCAACCACUAUUGAACCCAGCUCCCACAUUUGAUCUUUAAAAUCGCAGUCAGUAAUCUCUCAUCAGUGUCUGGUUAUCUCAUCUCUCAUUUAAAAUACUCAUGUGCCACUGUCGGUAGAGUAAUAGUCAAUGGUUUACAAUAGUCAAUGGUGUAUAAUAGUCAAUUGUUUACAAUACAAUGGUCAAUGGUGUACAAUAGUCAAUUCUUUACAAUGGUCAAUGGUGUACAAUAGUCAAUUGUUUACUAUGGUUAAUGGUGUAUAAUAGUAAAUGGUGUACAAUGGUCAAUAGUGUACAAUGACCAAUGGUGUACAAUGGUAUAUCUUGUACAAUAGUCAACGAUGUACAAUGGUCAAUGGUGUACAAUAGUCAAUUGUUUACAAUGGUUAAUGAUGUAUAAUAGUCAAUGGUGUACAAUGGUCAAUGGGGUACAAUGGUCAAUGGGUACAAGGUCAAUGGUGUACAAUAAUCAAUGGGGUAUAAUAAUCAAUGGUGUACAAUGGUCAAUGGUGUACAAUGGUCAACAGUGCACUCACCUAUAAGGACCAACACAAGCUGUCCACCCAAUUGCAACUGUUCAACAUGUUAGUUCUCUGAAAAGUGUAUAAUGUGUCUAUGAAUCAAAGGCGCUGACAUCAAGAUUACCAUACAUCCCCCCCUCCCCAACUGCUGGCUUUCCUCCACAUGUCCAGAGCGAGUUCAAGCACGAUAUUAAGUUUGAGAGUUUGCAGAUGAUUGAAAUGAUUGUUGAACAAUAUUGAGUCGUUUGCAAGAUUCGCGUGUUCCACAAACCUGGUGAGAUAUACGUUUGUACCGCAGUGGCUACUUGUAUUGUAAUAAUACUUGUAAUAAUACAUGUAAUCAUACUUGUAUUGUAAUAAUACUUGUAAUGUAAUAAUACUUGUAAUAAUAUUUAUAAUAAUUUUUUUACCAGUAAUAAUACUUGAGCCGAAAUAAACUCAAAUGUUAUUAUAUUUUAGUUUUGUAAGUCUGUUAUUGUUUUUUGUCCCCCCCAGACAUUCCGCCUGCCACUGGGUCUCAAAUAUGACUGUCCAUCCCCAACGACAUGGAUGUUGGUGGCUGAUUCUCUUUUCGUGGUCCUGGCCGUUGGACUUCCCGUGGCCCGCCAAAAUCGUAAGUUUGGUAGGAAGAAAGCCUCAACAAUCUUACAUGAAUAAUGAGAUGGGUUGAUGUAAUACGAGUGGAGUCUGUAUCCUUAGCCACCAUUGUAAGGUUAAGUGUUCUGCUAUUUUACAUUGUAAAAGCAGGCCUGGAUACAAGUAGGUCAGGUGAUCCAUUAUCUUACAUUAUCAAUGUAGGCCUAGAUUACUAGAAAUAAGUAAUUGGUCCACUAUCUUACAUUGUAAUUGUAGGCCAAGAUAUAAGAAAUAGGUGGUCCACUAUCUUACUUUGUAAAUGUGGUCCUAGAUAUAAGAAAUAGGUGGUACACUAUCUUACAUUGUAAAUGUAAGCUUAGAUGUAAGUAGAUGCUCUACUAUCUUAAAGUGUAAAUGCAGGCCUAGAUAUGAGAAAUAGGUGGUCCACUAUCUUACAUUGUAAAUUUAGGCUGAGAUGUAAGUAGUUGCUCCACGAUCUUACAUUGUAAAUGCAGGCCCAAGUGAUACUCGCUCUGAGAGCAGAAGAGUCAAUUAAAAGUAGAUUUACUGUUUCGCUGUUACUUUAAUCGUGAUUCACUAUUCACUAUUCCACUGCUCACUAUUCAGUAUUCCAGUUCUCACUGUCUCACUAGCCCACUGUUCACAGGGUGGCUCAAAAAUUGAGAAUUACACUGUUGUUUGAAAUGAUGGCAGUGGAGAAUUUAGAAUGUUUUUAUGUGAGUUAAGAGUUGACAGAUUUUGCCAGGUUUUAGCCAUGAGUAACUGGGGCCAGACACAAAGAAAUCUUCUUUCUUUAAGUGUUAAUAUCUACAGAUGUUUCCUAGACAUUUGUUUUUAAAGAUGAAGAUGAAAAUGUUAAUUUCAAGAUGAAUUAUUUGGUCUAAAUUAAUAACCUGUCAUUUGCCUUUCAGGUAAAUCCUUUCAGUCCAUGUGGGGGGAACUGGCCGGAUUGUUUGAAGACUUCUUAUUCUCUCAGCAGUGAGUUGGACAGCGUUUUGCUGCUUGAUUUAAUUUGAUUGCUAUUCAGACUGAUAGAUUUAUCUCCUAUCACACUAUCAAUCAACUAUUCACUUAACAAUAUCCACUCACUUAUCUUAUUGGACACAAUGCCACUAAGAUUCCCAUUAAAAGUAUUUAACUUUGGCACCCAUAGUUUAUAUAUUAUCACUGGAACCUCCAAUUGAUACAAAAAUACAGGCUCCCCCCCAGAUACAAAUAACGGUUGCACACCCAGUUUAUAAAUAAACACUGCCACCCCAAGUUCAUAUAUAAACACUGCCACCCCAAGUUCAUAUAUAAACACUGCCACCCCAAGUUCAUAUAUAAACACUGCCACCCCAAGUUCAUAUAUAAACACUGCCACCCCAAGUUCAUAUAUAAACACUGCCACCCCGAGUUCAUAUAUAAACACUGCCACCCCAAGUUCAUAAUAAACACCGCCACCCCAAGUUCAUAUACAAACACUGCCACCCCAAGCUCAUUCCCAAGUUAAAAAAUAAACACUGCCACCCCAAGUUCAUAUAUAAACACUGCCACCCCAAGUUAAAAAUAAACACUGCCACCCCAAGUUCAUAUAUAAACACUGCCACCCCAAGUUCAUAUAUAAACACUGCCACCCCAAGUUCAUAAAUAAACACUGCCACCUCUUGUUCACAUCUUAACACUGACCCUAAUCCACAGCUCAUGUCCACCAACUCUUUCUGUGGAAGACUUCCAGCGAGACGAGUCAUUCGACUGCCGUGUGGUUAAUCUCAUUCGUGAUGACAUACUGCCCCAUGCCGGACACCUGCCCCCUGACUUCAUGGUCAAGGUCAUGGAUAUCCUGAAUAGAGGAUCCAUACACUCAACAACAUCUGACUGUUUCGUUGGUAGGUGGCAUAAUAAUAUUAACCUGAUGGUUUCCCCCAAUGACUUUGUUCCAGUUAUGGUCUUAGCUCUAACAUCUGUUAUAAAGAACACAUAUUUUUCCCAUUUACCGACAUAUACAACUCCAAUGGGCUUAUAAUAAAAUGUAUUCAAUAAGAGCUAAUCAUUGUUUUAUCUUGUAUGUGAAUUAUAAUCAUUGUUUUAUCUUGUAUGUGAAUUAUAAUCAUUGUUUUAUCUUGUAUGUGAAUUAUAAUCAUUGUUUUAUCUUGUAUGUGAAUUAUAAUCAUUGUUUUAUCUUGUAUGUGAAUUAUAAUCAUUGUUUUAUCUUGUAUGUGAAUUAUAAUCAUUGUUUUAUCUUGUAUGUGAAUUAUUUUAAUGUAAAAUUUAUGCAAACCCCACCACCCCCUUUCCAAAUUCCCCCAUUUCCGCAGCAGACACAGAAUCCAGCCGGAAGUUGAGGGAAGAUUUUGCCAGGACGUGUUUUGAGACCCUGCUCCAGUUUUCCUUUGUCAGUGACACUGUGUCUGAGCAAGGUCAGCUAACACGUCUCGCUGUCAUGUCACUACUGCGACGGUGUCACGAUGUCAUAACCAAGUACGUGGAGGACGAGCGUCUCAGUGGCAAGUGUCCACUGCCCAGGUAA